CCCGCAGCUCUUCGCAAGGACACCGCGGAGGGGGCACAUCCGCGCUCCCACUUCCUCCCGACGCAGCCUGUGAUUGGCUCGCAGCCUGAGGAGGAACACGUGAAACAGCAGCUGCGGCUAGCAGAAACUUGCUAGUCGUCUCCUGGUAGCAUCACACCGUACCGCGGUCAGCUCCGGACAGCCCGGCCUGGGGACAAUGAGGUCGUCAUGCGUCUUACUGGCCGCGCUGCUGGCGCUGGCCGCCUACUACGUGUACAUCCCACUUCCCAGCACCGUGUCUGACCCCUGGAAACUGAUGCUGCUGGACUCCACUUUCCGCGGCGCGCAGCAAGUGAGUAGACUGAUCCAUUCCCUGGGACUGAGCCACCACCUGAUCGCACUGAAUUUCAUGAUCACCUCUUUCGGCAAGAAAAGCGCACAAUCUUCUCCGAAAGUGAAGGUGACGGACACUGACUUCGAUGGGAUAGAAGUCCGAGUAUUUGAAGGCUCUCCAAAAGCGGAUGAGCCGCUGCGACGCAGCGUCAUCUUUAUCCAUGGAGGAGGCUGGGCCUUGGCCAGUGCAAAAAUCAGCUACUACGACGAUCUGUGCACCACAAUGGCUGAGGAGCUGAACGCAGUCAUCGUUUCUGUCGAAUACAGGCUGGUUCCACAGGUUUAUUAUCCGGAGCCAAUUCAUGAUAUCAUCCGUGCCACUAAAUAUUUCUUGCAGCCAGAAAUCUUAGACAAGUACAAGGUCGACCCUAGAAGAGUCGGCAUUUCUGGAGACAGUGCUGGCGGGAAUCUGGCUGCCGUCCUUGGACAGCAGUUUACCUACGUUGCCAGCCUGAAGAAUAAGCUCAAACUACAGGCUUUGAUCUACCCGUUCCUGCAGGGUUUGGACUUCAACACACCCUCUUACCAGCAGAACGUGAAUACUCCCAUCCUGCCACGCCACGUCAUGGUUAAGUACUGGCUAGACUACUUAAACGGCAGCUACGACUUUGUAGAGGCGAUGAUUGUGAACAAUCACACUUCACUCGAUGUAGAGGGGGCUGCAGCCCUCAGGGCCCGUCUCGACUGGACAUCCCUGUUGCCCUCAUCCAUCAAAAAGAACUACAAGCCUGUCAUGCAGACCGUAGGCGACGCCAGGAUCGUCAGGGAGAUCCCUCAGCUGCUGGAUGUCACCGCUUCCCCGCUCCUCGCAGAGCAGGAAGUGCUUCAGGCCCUCCCGAAGACCUACAUCCUCACGUGCGAGCUUGACGUCCUGCGGGAUGACGGGAUCUUGUACGCCAAGCGCUUGGAGAGUGCGGGUGUGAACGUGACCUUGGACCACUUUGAGGACGGCUUCCAUGGUUGUAUAAUUUUCACAAGCUGGCCGACCAACUUCUCCGUGGGGAUCCGGACUAGGAAUAGUUACAUCAAAUGGCUGGAUCAGAACCUGUGACAGAGGAGACUCCUCAGGCGCACGAAGCUCUUGACCUCUUCCACUUGCUUUGGAAAAACCUGCGCUAUUCAAUCAUCUGCACCUUUUCCUCGUUUUUCUUGCAUUAGUACUGAAAUCUGUACCCCACAGACCUUGUUAUAAUUUACAAAGUGACUCUGACUAACGCAGUUUAAAAAACGUCUGGACUUGGUUUCCCAAAUGACUCGGGUUUUUUGCUGUUCUUUUCUGAAGCCCAAGUGCCAGGUAGGAACGGCCACAGUUUGAGGAGCUAGAAAUAGGCUUAGAUCCUGUCUCUCUGCCGCGUGCUUUCCAGAAGGAGUUUUUACAGCUGUAGGUGAGGUGUAGUAAAUUCUGAGGGGCAAAACCAGCAGCGGCAGCACAACCAUGAGCUUUUCUUCAGUUUGCUCAGGUUGGCGUGGGCUGCAGAGCGAGCAGAGUCUAGUAGACACUCUGGGCCAGCAGCCCCUGGGACUGCAUGCCCUCUGCCUCCCAGGGUGGUCGUGUUUCCUGUGGGACUUUUGACAGGAUUUCUAACAAGACAGAUUUCUAAUCAAAAGCUUUUCUUCCUCAGGAGUAUUAAUUUUCUGAGCUAGAUGGCUGUAAAUCCAGUGAGGCUAAAGGGGAUACUUGAAAGUUACUUUCUUCUGCUAAGAAAGCGUGAGGCGACAUGCACUGGAUGUGUCCUUGGAAAGAUCUUUUGGGAACAAGCUUAUUUAACUGUAGAGUAAGUUUCCUAUUAUGAAGUAAGUAAAGGUAAGAAUACUCCUGGCAUAAGUUAUUAGAAGUGGUGUGUAUAUAUUUGGGACAGUGAGGAAAUAAAUUAUGUUUAAUAAUAGCCUAAGAGGAUGAGCAGUGCCUGUAGAAGGCUUUGUCCAUUUUCUGGCAGAAGACCUAGUGCAUCGAAAACUCAACCUUUUCACUCGUAGCUGAAAAUGGGACUAUUUUGGUAUAGCGAUUGUUUGUUUUUUAAGUUAUUUAAUGUUAAUAUAUGUAGCUAAACAGGGUUUUUCUGAAAAACAUAAAAAAAUUAAAUUUAAAAAUUUAAAAAUUAAACUACCAUAAAGUUAUAGCCACAUGGAAUUUUGUGAGGAAAUAGAUAAUAAUAGUAGUAAGGGUCAAGUACUUUGAUAUUUAUCUGCAUAUGCAAAUUAAAAUAAUUAGAAACUUUUUACUUAGUAAGUCGUGUUGUACUAGGUACAUGAUGCUGGUUGGCCAUCCUUAAUCCAAAGUUUUGAGUCAAGUCUUAUGAUACAAGUGGAAAAUUCCAGUGAAUAUUUAUUUUGUAUAUAAAAUUAUUAAAGCUAUUGUG